CGAGAACACGCACGUAGCUGUCAGUAGGAAAUGCAGCCUGCUGGCGUUGGAUGUAACGUUAACCCUGUCGCUGUGGUUGCUGUGCUUGGAUAAAUUAAACAAAGAAAGACAUUUUUAACUCUGAAGUGUUACUUAGAAGGUUGCUUGAAUUUGGCGAGAAUUUCGCUGCAAGUCCGAAUGUCUAACCGAGGUAACCGAAACCUUCAGCUAAAAGCUAAGCUACAGAAACAGAACACUAUCGGCGCUAAUGCUAAUAGUUAUAUAGGCUAAAAUAAGCUAACUUAGCUGCUAACUUAGCCAGCUAGCUUGCCAAUUGCAGUUUGCUCUUUCAGGUUAUCGCCCCAUAUAGCGGUUCCUAUCCCGUUAUCGCUUUUUUCGUAUUUACGAAGGAGGCUGUGGAACCGGAGCUGUGGCGGGGGGUGCGUACGGAUAGGAACCCCCUGGCUAUCCAGGCGGACGGAUCACAGUGACACGCCGGUCGUGGGAGAGAUCAAAGUGGAACCAUGGCUGAAAUCUCCACCCUAUCCCCAUCACCCCCUGCACUGGGUGAGCAUCAUGCAGCUCCAUCCAUCCCUCCAUCCUCAUCUGUGCACACUGCUACCAACAGCCCUGCUCCAGAGUCUGCCAGGGAGAUGCCCACACCUAAGUCUUACCUCUACAAUGACAAAGCUUUGACUGAAAACACUCCUGCCGCACAGUCACCCUUAACUCCCCACCCACCCUUAAGUCCUCCCAAACUCACUGCUGAGACCCCCUUCACAUUGUUGGUACACGAGGAUGCUCCACAGAGAGAGGAAUCAGGACAGAAAGAUGCAGAGACUGGAGCUCAUGUUAUUAAGCAGGAAAUGACCAGUGACCCACCAGCUGCAGAGCUCUUAACUACUAAAACAGAGACCCCACAACUGUCAAGUGAGCCAAUGGCUCAGAGUGAAGUGCAACAGGCACCCCCCUCUCCUGAUCUCAAUCCUGGUCCUAAUCUUUACCCCAAUGUGCAUGUCACCCACAAUCUAAAUCCUGUCAUGGAUGAAGGUCAAUUUACAGUGGGCCAACCCCAAAUUACUACAGCUUCAGACCCUGUGCCUGCUUCUCCAGCCUUCACCGAUACGGCAGCAUCAGCAACAGCUGAAGAGGAGAAACCUCAGCCCCUGCAUCAAGCACAACCCCCUCAAAGACAGGCUCCUCCUCUCUCCCCAAAGCCUGCCACUCCAAGUGAAGCAAGGAAAGCAGAACUACCCGGCACCGAACACCCCAGCCAUACUGUCCCACUGAUCCACGAGCCAGACUUUCCGCUGCCCAAGCCCCGACCAGCCCCUGACACCCUCAGCUACCUAGAGUCAGCCAGCCUAAUGUCGGGGACAUUGGAGUCUCUAUCUGGGCUGGGAGAGGAUGGCAGCUCUGUGGGCUCAGACUCUGAGAUCAAUGGCAUGGCUGUCAGACGCACUGAUAAAUAUGGCUUCCUAGGUGGGAGUCAGUACAGUGAAAGCGCUGAAAAGGAUGUUCGAGUUGAUGUUGCCCGACAGAGGGAGGUAAAAUGGCUUGAUAUGUUCUACAACUGGGACAAGUGGAUCAAACAUCGCUUCCAGAAGGUGAAGUUGCGCUGCAGGAAGGGGAUUCCAUCUUCUCUCAGAGCCAAAGCCUGGCAGCUACUGUCUAACAGCCAAGAGCUCCUAGAUGCCAACCCUGGAAAAUUUGAGGAGCUGGAGAGAGAGCAGGGAGAAGCUAAAUGGCUGGACAUUAUAGAGAAGGAUCUCCACAGACAGUUCCCCUUCCAUGAGAUGUUUGCUGCUCGUGGUGGCCACGGGCAACAGGAUCUGUACCGAAUCCUGAAGGCUUACACUAUCUACCGGCCUGACGAGGGCUACUGCCAGGCCCAGGCUCCAGUGGCAGCAGUGCUGCUCAUGCAUAUGCCUGCUGAGCAAGCUUUUUGGUGCCUCGUCCAGAUUUGCGAGAAGUACCUUCCCGGCUACUACAGUGCUGGCCUGGAAGCGAUCCAGCUCGAUGGCGAGAUAUUCUUCUCCCUGUUACAGCGUACGUGCCCAAUGGCGUACCGUCACCUUAAGAAGUUCAAGAUUGACCCGAUUCUCUAUAUGACUGAGUGGUUUAUGUGCAUCUUCUCACGCACCUUACCAUGGGCCAGUGUACUGCGUGUAUGGGACAUGUUCUUCUGUGAAGGGGUGAAGAUAGUGUUUCGUGUGGGCCUGGUGCUACUGAAACAGAUGCUUGGCUCUGUGGAUAAACUUCGGGAACUGCAGGGCAUGUAUGAAACCAUGGAGCGUUUAAGGAACAUCUCACCUGACACUAUCAGAGAGGACAUAUUGGUACAGGAGAUUAUCAUUCUCCCAGUGACGGAAGGGCUCAUAGAGAGGGAGUGCCGUAUUCAGGUGAGGAAGUGGAAGGAGUCCAGAGGGGAGCUGACACACCAGCCAGGCCGGCGCCUCCACGGUACAAGGGCCAUCUUCGAGUACAAACGCCGAGCAGCCGCCAUUAGCUCCGGCGGCAGCUUCUCUUUCCUGGGAAGUCAGAUCCCUCCACCAGGACCUCUCAGGGCCUCUUCCAGUCUCCUCUCACUCCCUGGCUUCCGCAGGUCAAAGGCUCCUUUCCAUUCCCAAACCAAGAAGGGCUCCUUCUCAGGGCCAUCAGGAAUGGAGGGCCUGAUGCAUCAGUCCCGACCUGCAGUAACAUCAACCCCAGAACAAGGCAUCAGCCAUAAACCACCUAUUCCUCCGGGGGCAGGUCAGAGGGAACCGGCACCCCACAUUCCGAGCAUCUUAAUUGGGGGUGCAGCUGGCUCGUCACGUGGGCCUGCUCAGGCCUCAGAAGCCAACUCAGCACAGGGCCAGCGUACUGCUGUGGCCCCAACACAAAGCACAGCACCACCGCCUAGCGCUCUAUCCCCCUCCCCUAAGAUUGUCUCUGAGCAAAUUACGUCUACUAUCCCCUCUCCCACUGCAAACAACUCCCCUCUACUGCUAAUUCCAGAUUCAAAAAAAGAAGCUGCUGAUGCCACAACUGGUGAGGAAGAUGUAAAGAAGAAGAAGAAGAACAAAGAAGGCAAGAAGAAGGAAAAGGAAGAGGAGAAGAAAAAAAUGAAGGAAAAGAAAGAAAAGGACAAGGCUGAAAAAGAGAGGCUCAGAAAGGAGAAGGAGAGGCUAGAAAAGGAGAAGAAGAAAGGGGGGAAGAAAAAAGACAGAGGAGGAGAAGCUGAAGACAAAAAUGGAGCUGCAGCAGCAAGAGAUUCGGCCUAGUUUUUCAUCCUGUCAUUCCCGGAUAAUGAAAAGGGACGCUAAACAAAAAAGAGGUCAGGGCUAACAAAAGACCCCCAGAAUCAGAGUGAUUAAUAACAAAAAAAAUGGGAUAGCUUCCAAUAAACGCAUCAUUUCAAAGACUUAAUGUAGUCCCAGGACUAUGGUGGAGAAAACUGGAUCAUGGUUUUAACAGCACCUUGGGCCGGGGGGGGGGGGGCGGUUAUGAGCAAAGUCAGUGGCGAGUCAAUGCUUUCAUUUUCAGUUUUAGUAAAAUGGGAGAAAAUCCUUUUUCAACUGGAUAAAAGACUGUGAAUUACAAAUUACAGUCAUUAUCUCUUUUUUAGUUAUUUUUUCUUUUCUUGUUAUUUUUUUUUAACAGAUGGAUGGCAGUGGUUAGAGAAAUAUUGACAUUGAAAGGAUUGUUGAACUGAAGGUUUGCAGAAAUAGUUAUGGUGCCAUAGAGGAUGUAAAUAAAGUCAACCUACAGUACAUAGAACCCUGUUCUGCUCAACAUGCCCCAUCAUUUCUCAUUUGUGGACAGGUCAUCUGGAUGCCUGUGACAAAAAAAGAAAACUUCAAAGUUGUCUCAAACACAGGCACUGAAGACAAAAAUGCUAGAAAUAUUGUUGAGGAUGUAUUUAUUGUCAUGUUUAAUGUUGUGAGUGAGUGUGUGCCUUAGUAGUGUAGUGAAAUGUGUCACUGUUCUGUAUGUGGCCUCCCUGUUUUCAGUCUCCCUCGGGCUGCAAACCAUUAAGUCCAAAGUGUUUCUCCCCAAAUUCUUCUGUCAUUGGAAUAAAUAUGGAGGGAUGUACACAGAAAAAAGAGGGAGAAAAAUUAACAAUAUAACCAGACACCAGAAAGUUGUGGCUGUUUUUUAGUGAUUCAUUUAUGUGUUUUUUGCAAAAAGCAGGCACAACAUUAUCGAUAAACUGGUUUCAUAAAAACAUGCAAUGCUCUGUGGUGCCCGUGCACAGGUCCUGCAGACCAAAUGUCCAUAUGUCAAAUUAGUAUUAUUUUGAAACGGACAAAAUCCUACGCAUGUAUUUUAUUUCGCCAAAUUUCAGCAUGGGUAAGAACUUAAGUUCAUUAACCCAUUAGAAUGUGAUUUGAACUAUCCUAAGAGAAUGAAGGAUGAUUUUUGCACUUGUGAUUUUUGUCAGAAAAUACCACUGAAGUCAACCACUCCGUUAGUUUAGUGAUGUAGAAAACGGGAGUCUCAACAGGCCGCUUUCAUACUUUGAAAUCUGCUUCGAGGACCUAUAGGAAGCCACUUGACUGGAGGUGCCAGGUGUGCCAAUGUAGCAUUAACCUCUGAUCUUUGACGUUCGGGCUCUGAUGUAUUUAUGUACAAAGUGGUUAAUUUAAUCAAAUAUAGUAUAUUAUGAAUUAUUAUUAUUUUGGAUCUGACUAUUUUUCUAUGUGAGUAGGAGACACCUGGUUGACUGGAAUGAUGGCUGACUACACAGUGUAGUGGGGGGGGGGGGAUCAUUUGUGUUUAUUUUAAUUUGAUUUUUUCUGUGCACGCUAAGUCCUGAUUUUCACAACAAACUCGAUGCAUGUCUUUGCUAUUAUUUAAGUUUUCUGGCACUGUUGUUAUGGUCAACUAUAGGUUCAUGGGUCUCCAGUUUACUAAAGUGCAGUAUUAAAUAUACUUUGAAAAAUGGGCCUCCAACAGAAUAAACAGUAAGAUGAGUGAUUCAGACAGAAUUUCUGGGAGUUUUAGGUCAUAAUCGUACUGUAAUAUAUAUACUAAGAGGUGAUUUAGGAGCUUUGAAUAGUUCUUUAAUUUAAGUAUGAGUAUGUCUGUCUCACCAAAUUGUGUUGUAAGAUUCAUGAUGACUUAUGGACUAACUCCCUAACCUAUUUACACUCAGUGUCUGUACUGUAACAUAUUUAUGCAUACAUUAAACUGCACUGAACCCCAUAAGUAUACGAGGAAUAGUGCCAGGUAGUUAGUAUAAAACCAUUUGAUGGCAAGAAACAUUGCUCUCUAACUGUACUGUUUUUGUAGUUAAGGAUUGGAGGGACUUUCGUGUAAUUGUAGCCAACGUGUCCUGCAUAUUUGUUGUUUUUCACUUAUUUCAGGUCUUCACAUGGCUGUCAUUUAAAUAUAUAAAUUCCACACUCACUCCCUUCCUCUAUUUUGACGCCAGUGCAUCCAUAGGCACAGAUUAGUGUAGUGUUAGUGAGGAGAACCUGAACACAUCUAUGCAAACCAUCCUCCAUCAUGGCGGUUGAUGGCAUGUGGUGACAGAAGCACUGAUUUCACCUCUUGUUGUGAUGUUUAGAUUGGGGCCAUGGGAAAUAAGAAUUUUGUGCUUCAGUUGGUCUUUUUCUGAGCACACUUUCAUGCCUGUGGGGCACAACAUUUUAUGAGCAAUAUGUCCUCGCAGCUCUUAUUUCUUGAAUUUGAGAGGGCUCGAGAUGCCGUGAUCAAAUUAAUAAUCUCUCUAACUUGUGGAGUCGGCACAAUAUUGAGGACAAAUCAAGAAAUCCAUUUCUAACUAGGUCCUUUGUGCAUUUCUGCAUUGAUCCUGAAACUGUCGUUCUUUAAUUCAGUUGAUUCGGAAUGAAUACCCACUAAUGCAAAUACUUAAAGAAGUGUUUCAGCUGUUUUUUCUCCCUAUGCCGUUAAGUCUUUUGUGUUUUUAAGUUUACAUUGUCACUCUCUCUGGCGAAAGUGAAAUAAAAUCAUAGCUAAUUGAAUUCAUUCCGACAGAUCUACAACUGAUGUAUUUAAUUGAUGAUAAUGACAUUUGUGAUGAGUAAUAAACCAUAAUAUAUUACA